UGUGCAAUUUCUAAACUAACAAAAUACUAUUUUAAUAAAAAGAUGAGGCGGUGUUGAGAAUUGCCGGCGACGACAACUGUACUCACUCGGCGGCUAGGUGAAAUAUGGCGGGAGUAGCUUGCCAGAUAUCUAUCACCUCGUCGUCAUCGACCUUGAGGAGGGUUGGUCAUACUCAUCAUCGGCCACGAUGCUUCUCUGGUUCGCCGGAGAAGAAAGCGCCGGCUGUUUUGAAGUGGGCAGUUGGUGGAGUCACUGAAUUGCUCCGGCUAUUCUCAGUCGCUUCGUCUUCGUCAUCCACUCCUACAAAUAAAGAUGGAUCAAAUUCUGAGAUUGUUGUUACUCGAGAUGUUAACGAUGUAAUGGGGAUUUUGAGAUCAGAUUAUGGAACUGCCUAUUUCGUCACAGGUAUCUUUACUUCUGCAAUUUACUCUGAUAAUUGCAUCUUCGAGGAUCCCACUAUCAGUUUCCAGGGUACAGAGUUGUAUGAACGCAACUUGAGAUUACUAGUUCCCUUCCUCGAAGAUGCAUCCAUUGAACUGCAACAUAUGGAGAAGAGUGAGUCGUCUCAAAGAAUCUAUAUACUAGCGACGUGGAAGCUAAGGACUUACCUGAAACUUCCAUGGAGACCAUUGAUAUCAAUAAACGGGAAAACGGUCUAUGAUCUGGAUAGAGACUUCAAAAUUGUGAGGCAUGUCGAGAGCUGGAAUGUCUCUGCCCUUGAAGCAAUUGGACAAAUAUUCACCGUUAACUCUUUUCCCUCCAGUAGUUGAGAGUCUAAGCAGCACUAACAUUCAUCAAUUUGGCCAUGGUCCAUAUAAUGUCUACCAAUUCUUAGUACAUAUAUCAAUGUAACUCACAAAACUUGCAUUAAAUUUCCCAUGAUAAUGUUUUAGGUUUUUUGGAGUUAAAACACACAGAGAAAAACUCUGUAAGAGUUCAUUGUAAGAUAAUCGAACAAAGAAGAAGGCAUUGCCGCA